AUGGUAGAACCACCCGAUGUACCGCGUUGCCCACUGGGGCAGUUUCAGUUGCCAGAGAAGUACGUUGGGCAUCCCGGCGGCCAAUAUCAUAUCUCCGAAGCGUACGCAUCAGACUCUGCAGCCAUUAUGUUCUUGUCCUACCAUUCUGCAGUCGACAUGAAGAAGGUGGCAGCCAAGGCAAGGGUAUUGGGAAUAGACAUGCCAGAGUGUGGAAGCGGAUUCGACGACGUGUGCAGCGCAAUUCGGCAGGUCCAGGCCGAACAUCCCCGGCAGCGUUUGGUUUUCAGUGUGUGGUGCUUCGCAGUGAGCGUGGCUCUUGUAGUCGUCACCGGUUUGUGGAUACGCCGCCCAACGUUCGGCCUGGCGGUGGCGGUUGGUCUUGCCUUCGAGAUAUACUUCUUCAAUGUGUUUCACGUGCGGCACCAUUUGGGAGGCAGGCUUUUCAAGCAUGACCUCCUCGACGACAUGUUCGACCCUUUGUACACGUUUCUUGAUUAUGUUUAUGGUUACAGGCCACCAGCAUGGCACAUCAACCAUCACACCCGGCAUCACAUACAUACCAACACGGACAAGGAUCCCGACGUCCCUGGUUCUUACCCAGGCAUGCGCGCCAGCGAAGACCAACCGUUGCAGUGGUUUCACAAAUAUCAAACUUUUUACGUUCCGCUGGCGUUACCUUUUGUAAUACCCAUGCUGCCCUUUUACAAUGUCCUCGCGUCGGGUGGCAGCAUCGCGGCUUUGAUGGCAUGGCUAGGAACUUGGUGGGCGAUGUUCUAUUUGCACGGAUGGUACGGCAUUGGUCAGUAUUGUUUUAUGUACGGCGUUGCAAGUGUUUCGAUUACAUACAAGUUUCUCGUCUCCCACGUCCACCCUGCUCUCGGAUUUGCGCACAGCGAUCCGCCUGGGGCACAGACAAUGGAUGUGUGGAUGCGGCAACAGAUUGAGGAGUCGAUGACGUGGGGAGGGUAUGUGGGCAGCUUCCUCUUCGGUGGCAUAAACACCCAGAUUGAGCACCACAUCAGCCCUGCACUCGUGCCCACAUUUCAUCCUUUCUUGCGGCCACAUCUGCAACGCAUCUGCGAGAAGCAUGGCAUCAACUACACCUAUGAGCCGACCAUGAUGCACGCCGUGUGGCAAUUUCACAAGCACUUGUGGGCUUUGGGUCAAAGAUCCUCUCCCAGGCCGUGA